AGUUUAGAAUUUCAAGUGAAUUGGAGGCAAUUUUCAGGAAACAUGAUGAAAGGUGUUAAAGAAAAUGGAAAUGGGUCACACUACAUGAUAUUAUCAUUUCAUUUAUUUUGGGCUACUCUGUUUGUCCUGUUUACUCAUGUAAUUUGAUCGUUUCUUCCUCGAAAUGACGGCAGGUAUUCUAAUCUUCUAAAAAGCAGAAGAGGUAACAACAAAGAAUGCAUACUCCUUUUUGAAUCAGUAAAAAAAAUGUCUCCCAACUGUUGCCCAAUCAGAGUUGAUAUAAGAAAAAAAAUGCAGUAACAAAAAAAUAGAGGAAUUUUGGAGUCUCAUGAGAAGAAGCAAUAGAUCAGUAGAGAUUAUGGGCAACACAGCUGCUAAGGCACUUGCCAAUUGUGUUUCUUGUGGGACUAAGGAGGUUCGAAUCUUGAUGCUUGGAUUAGAUGGAGCAGGUAAAACAACCAUUUUAUACAAGUUGAAGCUGGGAGAGUAUGUGAGAACAGUACCCACAAUAGGCUUUAAUAUAGAGACUGUGACAUUCAAAAACUUGAGCUUCACAGUAUGGGAUGUGGGUGGCCAAGACAAGAUUAGGCAUCUGUGGAAGCAGUACAUGGUCAAUGCUCAGGGGCUUAUAUUUGUCAUAGAUAGUUGUGACAAAGAGCGGCUGAAGAAGGCAAAGCAGGAAUUGGACAGUUUGAUCAAUGAUCCAGAACUGAGCAGUGUGAAGCUUUUGGUUAUGGCCAACAAACAUGAUCUUCCAACGGCGAUGAACUCUGUUGAUAUGACUGAGAGGCUUGGUCUUGGAAAUCUGAGCGCUACCAGAAAAUGGCAUGUCCAGAGUUGCAGUGGAAAAACAGGGGAAGGCCUUCAUGAUGCUCUAGAUUGGCUCGCCUCUGCAAUCAAAGAGCCCAACAUCUUGCAGAGAGUGGGAAGCUUCAGAAUGCCACGAUCGCUCUCCUAUUCAUCCAGGAGAUCACCAUCAGGUAUUGUGGGCUUUAAAUCAUGCAAACCAGAGAAAAAAAACUGCUGAAUCAAAGUUCAGAUUAAAUCAUGUACAGAUACAGACAAAUUUACAGCAUGUUUUUACAUGUUUUCUCUAUUUCUUCCGAUCUGUAGAGCUUUCGUGGGGAAAUCAAACACCAAGCUUAUAAGUUUAGAAUUACAUACCCUACUUACCAAAAAGAAAAGUUUCAAUGCACAGAUAUUAUUCCCCAUAAAAUUUUAUUACGGCCUACACAAGCAAAGCAAUGAAUACAAAAGCAUGAAAAGUAUCUGACAAUCUUGUACAGGUCGGUGACAUGUAUGGUUGUCAAUGUACUCGAGUUUGAGGUUUUGAAGACUUUUUUUGGUUAAAGAGUCUCAAAUAACUGCUGGACAGAAUGGUGUACAUGCACUCCAAGCCUUCUAGAAGCUUUUUAAUCAUUUUUUUUGGUUCAA